CAUGCAUUAACCCCCAGAAAUGCUUCGUAUAAAACCGGAGUACUGAUCUUUUACCUAACUAUUACGUCUAACAUCUUUCAUUCUUUAAUUUUCUGGUACUGUUUCAAAUUAAAUAUACAUUUUUUGGCGUGGUACUUCGUGCCAAUUCUCGCUGUGCCUGCUGCGUACAGUUAUCUGACCUACAAUACGCUGAACAUCGAUAAUCACGAUAUCAAAAGCGACAGUGCUUGAAACAAAAGAAACUCUUGACAAUGUUGUGGCUGUCAAAGUGGCUGUUCCUGCUGUCAUCGGUGACACUGGUCGCUCUGCAAGGUCAGAAUCCGCCGACAUUCGGGAACGGUCAGGAGCAAGACGCGAGACAAGGGCGAAAUUUAUUGGAUUGGAUUGGCCUGGGCACUGGUCCAGAUCAAGAUCCCUAUUUGGCAAAAACAAACGCCCAAUGCUUGAACGGAGAUCUUGCGUCGUGUUUCCAGAGCAGAGCCUUGGCAUCUUUGGAUGACUUUUUCAAUCAGCCUGCUUAUGUCUUAACUGAGAAAGCUAGAGUUCUGAGAUUACCCGAAACCCACUUAAGAUCACUUGGACAAGAAUCUUAUGAAUAUUCAUCCGCUCCUAGAUCAGAAGAUUCAGAAUGGGAUUCCUUAGUUAAAUUUGGUAUGAGAAAAGUGGAAAAGUUCCUAAAAUCGACAGCCAUAGAAGUCGAUUUCGAUAAUGAAGUUACGGAGAGCGGCAAAUACGCACCGCGGUUCCUCGACGAAAUUGCCGGCGAGAUCGACAUUAUCGAGGACAAAAAAGACACCCUCUUUAAGAGAAAACAACUGAAAAAACUUUUCAUCCCCAUGCUCUUAAUCCUGAAGCUUUUCAAACUGAAGCUGUUGCUGUUCCUGCCUCUAAUUUUAGGAUUGGCCUCCUUUAAGAAAGUCCUAAGUUUCUUGGCCAUUCUUAUUCCAGGACUUAUUGCCUACUUUAAAUUCUGCAAGCCGAACCUCCAGUCCACCUUUGGCCCCGGCCAGUUUGCCGGACCCCAUUACAGUCCAACGGGAGUAGCCUAUCCGACGCAUUUUAGAGAGCAACCAUCCUUCAUAGAACCCCAUUCGUACCAAGGACAGUACUCUCCCGCCCAUGGACAUAAUAACUUCCACUUCAGGGAUGACGAUGCCGCCCAACAACUAGCCUACCAGGGUUGGAACUACAAUAGAAACACAGGAUCCAACAUCCAAGCUGAACCUGCAGAACCAAAGAAAUCCAUCCUGCCUGACUCAUAAAUAUUUGUGGGUUGGGAUAGUUUGAGUUUGAAGAUAGAGAAUAGAUAGAAUAUUUAUUUUAUAUUUAUUUUGUGAUAUUUCAUCUAAAUGCUUGUAAAUAUAAGUUAAUUGGUAUGCCAUCAAGAUUGUAAUACCGGUAAAUAUUAAAUGUAGGUAGUAUAUAAAAGUAUUUAAGAUAAACGUAUUUGUAUAAUCUUAAGUUAUACUCGUAAUAUGAAAAACUUUUUUUUACUGAAACAUUUGAGUUCACUAGUUGUUUAAAUUGAAGAAAACAGUAAUAAACUGUAAGGCAAUUGAAUAGAGUUAAUAGCCCUAUGUUAGUAUUUAUAUUCUAGUAAUUUGUAUCAUUUAUUGUACAAUAUUUGAAUCUGUACAUAAAAUAUAACUAUAUUUAUACUAAUUUGUUUAAAUAAAUCUAAAACAACUGUGUAUUGCGAGAAGGAAAUAUACUGAACUCUGUAACCAAAAAUUUG